AAACUCACUAUCUUCUAGGGAUCAACUAAAAUAUUGAAUGUUGUACGAGCAUCGUAUCGCUUCUUUGUAUUAGAGCCUGAGAUUUUCACCAGAUUGUGGGACUGGUCCUGUUUUCUGGACCUUGUACGGCAAUCUGCAAACCUCGACCCAAGCAAGGACACACAGUGGAGGAUGAAUAUCUCUGACAUAAGAUGGUGUGGUAUACAAAUGCUCUUGGUUGUUUUGAAGCUGAGUUUUAAAGCGUCUACGAAGUUUAAUCUCGACUCCGGAGAAGCUUUUCAGAGUUGGAUGCGCUGGCAAGAAUUUUGUAUGGAUGUAUCAUUGGAGAAAGCGGGAUGGUAUCUUGAAUCUUCUGUGGAAGAAAAGAUGGCUUUGUUUGGAAAAUGUACUGAUAUCAAUGACCGUCAUUAUUUAGAGCCUUGCAGCCUUAGUUCCAUCUCUGCAUCCUCCAGAAUGCUUCAUGAGACUGUUCCAUCAAAUCAUAGCAGCAUGUUGGAGACAUGUAAUUCUGGAAAUCCCUUUAUCUUGACAUCUGCUGUGAAGAAAAGUUUUGAGAUGGUCAUGAUAGCUGUGAGUCAGAGAUGGCCAGUUCUUCUUUAUGGCCCAGCUGGUGCCGGGAAAACGGCACUUAUUUGCAAGUUGGCCAGGGAUCUCGGUAGAAGAGUUCUAUCUAUUCACAUGGAUGAGCAAAUUGAUGGGAAAACUUUAGUUGGGAGUUAUGUUCCUACGGAACAACCUGGUGAAUUCAGAUGGCAGCCUGGUUCUCUUACUCAGGCAGUUUCAGAUGGUUUUUGGGUUGUCUUUGAGGAUGUUGACAAAGCGCAUCCUGAUAUUCAAUCAAUCUUAUUGCCUUUAUUAGAAGGUGCAACUACAUUCUUAACUAGUCAUGGAGAGGUAUUGCUUUUCCUUCUUCAUGUUUGAUUCCAAGGGGGCUCUACAUAAUUCAGCAUUUUGA